AUGUCUUCACUUCUCACCCCCGUCACUCUCGGCGACUCGGUUCCUCUGCGCAAUCGUGUGUGCAUGGGCUCGAUGACUCGGAAUCGCUGUAUCCAGGAUAAUAUGCCUACCGAUGCCGUCAUUAAUCACUAUGCAACAAGGGCAAGAGAUGGGGCGGGUCUUAUCGUCGCCGAAGGAACAUUUAUCUAUCUGAACGGCUCAGAAUGGCCAAACGCGCCGAAGAAGGUCACCAAUGAGGUUCAUCGCGAAGGAGGAAAGAUCUUCUUUCAGCCAUGGCAUCCAGGUCGCAUUCAAAACGAAAACAUGCCGAUGCUCAAAGAUAGUGGUUAUCCGGUAUUAGCACCUUCCAAAGUACGUGCCGCAGGAGGCAAGUUUCGGACACUGCCAGGUCUACCGGGACACACAGAAAAUAUCAUCGAAAUCCAGGACCCAAAGGUGAUUCUUGACCAAUAUAGAAAUUCGGUUGCAUUGGCAAAGGGGGCGGGUUUUGACGGGAUUGAAUUGCUGUCCCAAGGGGGAUAUCUUCUUCACAACUUCCUUUGCUCCCACUCGAAUCUCCGCACCGAUAUCUACGGAGGCUCCGUCGAAAACCGAUGCCGUUUCGUCCUUGAAGUACUCGACACAAUCAUCGAUGUCUGGGGUCCACGACGAGUUGGUAUCAAAAUCUGCCCUUCCGACGACUAUAAUGACUCCACUGUCUCUUUCGAGGAGCUGAGUGAAACCUAUGAUUACCUCAUCAAAGAGCUCAUGAGUCGAAAACUCGGUUACAUAAAUCUGUCUCGACGAGGGUGCGCAAUUGGCAGAGAACAGGACGAUUACUUCAAGUCCAGUCCCAGGCCGGCCGGCAAACAACUGCCUCCAAACUAUGAGCCAAUUCAACAAUUCGGCCAUCUAGUCAAGUACCCUGGAAGUGAGACAAUGCUCAUGGUCAAUCACGAAUAUACCGUCGAAGAAGCCGACAACCUUGUGAAGACAGGGAAGAUCGAUCUGGUCACAUUUGGUCGUCCUUUUAUAUAUAACCCGGUUUGUGGCGUCCCUUACAUUUGUUAGGUGGAGGCUAAUACCAGCAUCUAUGAAAGGAUUUAAUCACGCGAAUCGAGAAGCGAAUUCCCUUCGCUGGAAAUGACCGCGGGAAAACAGUGAACUAUGGCCCAUAUACCCAGCCCGAUGAGAACUACAACGAUUGGCCCCAUGCCUCACUCUAGUGACAUGCAUGCAUGGUCGACAAAGCUUUGCGAGGAAGCAUAAGUUAAAAUUCGAGUUGGAAGUUGGAAGCCACAUCGUCAAUUCUAUAGACUGAAUUGAAUUCACAGUUGCGCCUUUUCGGUAGUGAGCUAUAUGACACUUGGAGUACUGGUUCUGGGAGACAUGCAAGAAAGAAAGCAGUGUGGGUGAUAAAACCCCAAUGAUUUAGGAAGAGAAAAUUGAAAAGAAAUAGAACAG